UAGUAGGGGACAGGCAAGGGACAGACAGCCAAGCAUGAGAGCUCGUGAGUGCCACAACCGUAUCAGAUCGAGUGUUUGAAGGCUGUAAAAUAUAAACCACUUCGAGUAAAUUCAAUCGACUGAUAGGUCACGUGUACAAAAAGAGAGCAUUGAAAUAUGGACGACACGACAGGAUCAAUCCGGUUCAUUCAAACCGAAUUGAUACCCGAGAUGGUGCACAAUCGGUGCUUCUGUGAGCCGGGAUCACGUGAAUUUGUGGAGUUGGAAUCGGUAUCAGUGAAGCCAUUGACAGCAUUUCAAGUAGAUGAAAGCCGUGAAUUAUACAGAGCCCGAGUGAUUGUCAAGUUCUCAGGCGAUGCUAAGUCUUUCAACGUCGUCGUAAAACUACUGACAAUCAGUGGCCAGGAUGACAGCAGUGCUUACGGAUGUUUUCUCAACGAAGAAAUGUUCUAUAAUAAGAUGACAGUCAUGUACAAACUGGAUAUUUAUCCCAAAUGCUACGCUGCUGACAUGGGUCGAUAUGGCCGGCCGGUUGUUGUCUUGGAAGAUCUGGAGGCUAUUGGAUAUUGUCAACUUUCUGGUAAAUUGGAUGGGGAUCAUUUGAAAUUAUUACUCGAGGCCAUUUCCCGAUUUCAUGCACGUGGUAUUGAUCUUAGACGGAAGGAGUUCUCUAUAUUCAGGGAAUUCUAUGCUCAAUUGACACAGAUCAGAGACGAUGGGGACAAUAAUGCUGUGAAAAUUGAUCGAAUGCUGGAAAACCUCACGACUAUUGAAUCAGACUAUGCUGAGAAAUUCAGAAAAGAGCUCGGUGAUACCGAAAUAAGGCAUGACCCGAACGGGACUCCAUUCUUCACAAUUUGCCACGGUAGUUUGAACCUGAAUCACUCAUUAUUUUUAUACGAUGGAGAGAAGCCGAUAAGCGUCAAGAUUCUGGGGUGGAACAGGAUGGCCUACACUUGUCCAAUAAUCGAUUUGGAAUCAAUCCUCCAGGAGGCUCAGCUCGAGGACAACUGUCUCACUGAGAUGCGUAAAAAUUUUAAUGUCUACUUCAACGCAUUGUUUAGCGCAUCCACAGCAUUGGUAGAUGAAUCAUUGCGCAAGUUUUUAUUCAAAUUUUUCUCACUUCUCCUAUUUCCCACAGUGUCUGCGAGCUCGGGGAAUAAACGUGAGCUCAUAAAUUUCCAGAAUUCACUUCAAUAAUUCCCUGGAUAUUUAGACUGAAAAUUUUCAUUGAAUUUUAUCAGAAGGAUACGCCAAAUUUAAAGGAAUUUCCACAUCCUAUUGCGUCACAGGAAAUUGUUGAAUAGGAGUUUGGAUGUUUACUAAAAAAAAUUAAUAGUCUCUUAUUAUGGGGAUGACUCAUUCAUAAUUGUAUUAAAGUAAUGAAGACGUGGAUAGUUUGAUAGCCAAGUUAUGAUGGAAAUUACUUAUUCGGUGAAGCAUCAACUUUUCCGUCUGCUAAAAAUCGAGAAAUGGAAAAUGGAAUAGCGAAAUGGAUGGUGAGUGGAUAGCGAGGGAGAUUUGAACGUCCAACUGUGAAGGACCUUGGUCAGAAACGUGUUUGGAAACUGGCAAACUAAUUUGCAUAGGAGAUGAGAACCUCCAGUCAGCGAGGGCCGUGAAAACACAGUUUUCACGUGGACCACUCACUGUAUUUUUUGAUAAUCAUUGACGACUCUGCAGUUGACGUAGUAUAGGUUCUACUAGGAUAAUAUAUUUAUCCAAUAAUUUUUCAAAACGCUUGGAAGAGACUUGCCACAAUUAUUCUGGGUCUGGAUAAAUUAUUAUCAAUUUUUCGCUACUUGCUAGGGGUGCGAUUGAAUGGGAACGGCUGAUAUUUCUAAUGAAAUAUCGAUAUUUACCGGGGCUGGUGUUUUACUUGUGACGGCGAACAUUUUAAUUCAUUAAAAUGUAGAUUUACAAAAUGCAGAUCCCCACGGAUCGUCCCAUUCAAAUUCAGCGGAGUGUUAAUUGUUUUGUGAAUGAAAAAUUAUAUUGUAACGGCGAUGGCUUACAUUAUGCAUCGAUGAGUGAGUUUGAAUAAUUUAGUCGGUGUAUUAUUGGAUAGCCAGUAUUCCCCAAUUUAAUAACAAUACUGCAACAGCGGUAUUUGUUUUCUCUUUAAAUUGAGUAAAAACUGCAGCACACGGACAGAAAUAUUUGGUAAAAAUGAGGUAAUUAUUCAGGUGAUCUUACAGAAUAAUUUCAAAAGAAAAGUGAGCGUCGUCUCGGAAGAAAAUAUUGUUCUGGGGAAAUUUUCGAAAUAAUCCGAAGAUCUUCAGUAAAUACAUUUUUUUUUACACGGGUAGGUAGGUGAUUCAUGAACUAUUUGCAUGAGUACACAAAGCCCACGUGUGAUAGGGAAAAUUCUGGAGACCGGUAAAUAUGUCGACUGAAGCGAGCUUUCAUGGGGAUGGCAAUCGCUUCGGUGCAUAAGGCCUCGGGGGUAGGAAGUACCGUACGGUUACGUGGCCAGUGCGGCUGGAUUUUUUUGCGGUUUAAAGAGUCAUAGCGGGCAAUGGGGGUUUAGGGGUGGUGGUGGUGGUAAUGGAAAUUCUUUUUGAAUAAGUUUAUGAGCCUGUGGCUAGGCGACGGGAGAAUUGCCAGCCCAUGGGAAAUUUUCAAGGAACUUGCUGAAAAGAUUAUUGAAAUUAUUGUCUGCUUUCGUUCUUGUUUGCAAUUGUUGUCAGCCUCGCACGUCCAUGACAUGGGAGAACUUUCUAUGGGGGGAAAAUAGCUCUAAAUAUUUAUGACACGCUGAUGUUUACAUGAGGGGAAAGAGAUUCAGCUUAAAUUUUUGGGGUAGUUUAUGAUGUAUUGAACGAUAAAUAUUUUUUUAUUCAUCAAUUCAUAUACUGCAUUCAACUUUGUUUGUAGGUUAAUUGAUUGGGUCAUCGUAAUAACGAAAUUGCGAAAAAAAAUCUGGGGCAUUAGGGAAUAUUUGGAACUGUAUUUCUUUGUCUAUUUAAUUAUAGUUUUUCCACAAUUUUUUUAUAAACCAGAUGACCCAGCACGUGAAUUAUAUACAUCAGAAAUGUCAAGGUAUUCUGACUUAUCUUGAAAUAUUUAUGUUGAGAAAUAUUUUUAUUUUUAUUUAUUUUUUGUUCCCUUGUGGGGUUCUUUCAUCUCCGGAAAAUAAUGAUUCUUGUUAAUAAUGAAUAAUGAUGACUGCUGAUACGUCAAACUGAGACUGGCAAUGGCUUGAAAUAAAAACCCGACUGAAUUGGCGAUACACAAGAACCGGACAGAAUUUCAAAAAACUUUUUACCUCAUGAAAAUUAUAUUUAUUCCAUGAAUUGAGUGAGAUUUGAGCAAGUUAUUAAAUGAGUCAUAACUGAAGUAGCGCAAUAGAUUGACAAACCUGCAGUUUAAUCGCUUAAAACUCAAUUGGCAAAAAAUGAUAAAAAUAAAAUGAUUCACUAUGAAUUUGAGUGCUCGAGUGUUGAAAAAAAAAAUACCCAGCACAAUGUAAUUUGAUUAAUUGAUUUUGCCUGUACUUGGAGUGAGCUCGGAGUUCCGAGCUGUUUGGUUUGAAUAAUUGCCGACGUAAAAAUAAAAAUUUUAUACACCA